UGUGAUCAGCCGUGUCCAAUGACGCUGUCAGGGCAGCAGGGAUCGACACCGAUCAUCAGGGCACUGAUGAUCAGUGCCCUGAUGAUCGGUGCCCAGCAGUGUCACCCACCAGUUCCGCCCACCUGUGCCCAGCAGUGCACCCACCUGUGCCCAGCAGUACACCCUCCUGUGCCCAGCAGUGCACCCACCUGUGCCACCCAGCAGUGCCACACACCUGUGCCCAGAAAUGCCACCUACCUACACCCAGCAGUGCAACCCACCUGUGCCCACCAGUGCCACACACCUGUGCCCAUCAGUGCAGCCCAGCAGUGCUGCCAGUCAGUGCCACCAGUCAGUGCCCAGCAG